AUGGAUGAAUCAUUGUCGAGCAUCAUGGAGGUGAGGGAAGAUUUCAUGGUUUCACCAGAUGGUGACAGUAAACCAACUUUGAGAUCUGCCUAUUUUCUGAAACCCCUUGCAAAGUCCCUUGAAGGAUCAAUUUCUGAGGUCCUUUCAACUUCUAUGAAUAUGCCACUGCCACCUGUUUUUGAACCAAAGAAGUGGCCUUUGGUUGUCCAUUUCAGCUGCUGGCGCUCCAGAAAACGGAAAUGGGUUGAAUGGGUGGAUGCCCUUCGAGACAGGUAUGAAUCAGUGUGGAAGAAAGUUGGUAUCUUUGAAGCCAUCAUGAGUACAAAGUGUUCCCUGGUGAAAGAUCGGAACUUGUGUAUUGGGGUUGCUGAGAAGUGGUGUCCUCAGACAAAUACCAUUUUAUUUCCAUGGGGUGAGGCAACAAUCACCUUGGAGGAUGUUAUGGUGUUGGGGGGUUACCCUGUUGUUGGUGAUCCUAUCUUCACCACACUUCAAAGCCAGGAAAUGAUAAAAGUGCAGGAAAAACUGAUUCUUGCAAGAAAGGAACCUUGGAAGAGGAAUAAAGGUAAGGUUUCCUUAUCAGCAUGGAUGGAUAUUUUUCGCAAUAGUGGUAGUGAAAUAGAGCAUGAAGCAUUCCUAGCAACUUGGUUGACAAUGGUUGGUUUUUCCCCCAAUGACUGUGUUAAUCAACUUGUUUUCCCUAUUGCCAUUCAUCUUGCUAGAGGGAACCCCAUUGCUUUGGGACCAACAGUUUUGGCCAGCAUAUAUCAGGAUUUGUCUUUGUUAAAGGAAACAGUAGUUGACUUGACAAAAAAACUAAUACUUGGUGAUAACUUGGAAUUGGAGGUAACACUUCGUUCACCCUUUUACUUGGUGCAAAUUUGGGGGUGGGAGAGGUUCAAGAAUUUCCAACCACAGCCGAGGGUGAUGAACCCUGAAAACCCUUGGUUGUAUAGGUGGCACAAGGUUAAGGCCUUGAAUAUUGACAAUGUGAGAUUGGCACUAGACUCGGGUAUGGAGCAUUUUCGAUGGCGCCCUUAUGUUCAAUAUGCUGAUAGGUUCAAUGUGUUUUAUCCAGAAAAUGAAACGUUGGUACCAUUAGAGACGGAUUUGGAUAAAAAACUAGUCCCUUUUGUUACAUGCUUGAAAGUUUCUGUGCUUGUUGGAGUUCAAUAUACUAUAAAGAAAUACAUGCCACAUAGAGUUGCUAUGCAAUUUGGAAUGGAUCAAGAUAUUCCAGGUUGUGUGCCUGAAUUUAAUGGGAGUAAAGAGUUUGCUUGGAGAAAUUACUGCAGGCCAAUAUCUAACGGUAAGUUGUAUUUUCCUGCUAGGCUUUUUGAGGGAGAUGUUACCACAAGUUAUGCAAAGUGGUGGAAGCAAUCAGUGCUACCGAAUCAACAUGAUUUUGCUAAGAAUAUUGUGCAGCGAAAGAGAAGUCUAAGGUCACGUCGUCUUGAAUAUGGCAAUGAUGCUGAUGUUCCUCCCGGUUUUCCUCCCAAACUUGGUGGCCCUGUGUAUUCUGGAAAAUCCAAUGAUGAUGCUUCAAAUGCUAGGAAACGUAACAGUGAUGCCAAUGUGCCUUCUGAUUUUCUUUUAAAACGCUUGAAAACUGUUCCUUCUGGAAAUUCUGCUCAAGAUGGUUUCAAAGAUAAUGAAAAUAUUGAUGCUGAAGUUCCAGCAAGAUAUAAAAAUUUGUCCAACCAGAGUUCUUCAGCCUCUACUGCAGAUUACGAAAAUGCUAAAAGGAUGUCACCACAGGAAAAACUGGUUGGGAAAGAUACUGUUAACCCAUUGAAGGAAGAUGUUGAAGAUGCAAAUGGGAGAAAAGAAGCAAGGCUGUCUAUUGAGAGAGUGAGCCUAUCUGGGGCUCAAGGUGAAAGCUAUAAUUGUGUAUCAGGAAUGAAUGUAAUAGAUCUUGAACAGAGAAUCAAAAAACUGAAGACAGUGACUGAAAAAUUAAAGAUAGCAAAAUUUGGUUACUGUUGA